CGCGGGCGCCGCCCGCCGCCGCCGCCGCCGCCAUUUCCCUCCCGUCCCCCGCCGGCUGCCUCUUUCCAGGAGGAGGCGGGGAGCGGCGCGGCACAGGCCGGUGGCGGCGCGGGAGGCAGGGCGCAGCCCCGCCAUGCAGCCUGAGCGGGGCGGCAGCCGGCCCCGCAGGGAAGGCGGCCGGCACGGCCGGCGGCGGCCCGGCGGUGCGGAGAAGGCGGCCGAGGCAGUGACCGACGGAAGCAGCGGGAACGGCCACGGGAACCGAGGAGGCGGGGGCCGGGGAAGAGGCGGCGCUCACGGGAACCGAGGAGGCGGGGGCCGGGGCAGGCGGGAGCCCCGAGGUGGCGGGGUAGCACCGCCGCCCGCCGCUCACCAGCGCCGGCGGGUAGAGGAUGAUGAUGAUACUGAAUCACGAGAGGAAGAAGAAAAGGAGGAACUGAAAAAAUAUUCAAGAAGAAAGAUUUUUUCCAACUGGAGCCGUUAUGAAGAUACAGAAAAAGAGGGACAGAGUGAACAUGGGGAAUCACAGAGAGGAACGGAUUUCAGUGUUUUGCUUAGCUCAGCAGGAGAUUCCUUUACACAGUUCCGAUUUGCUGACGAGAAAGAAUGGGAUAGAGAAAGCGUAUGCCAUAAGCAGUUUUCGGCACUUUCUGUUGACUGCCAGUCUUUGGCCCGGGCCCUUCAGGAACUGCCUCUACAUCUGAGGUUGAAUGUUGCUGCUGAACUUGUGCAGGCAUCGACACCUGUAGAGCUCCCACAGAUGAAAUCUAAAAUUAGUGAAGAUGCCAAGAGGAGAGAGCUUCUGUUCCGACAGCCUCAGACAGUGUUGGUUUCCCAUCCCCUUGGUGAUUCUGUUGCUCCGCCAGAGCCUGGAAGUAAAAACGGUCCUAGGGCAAGUGCAGCAAAACCAUUUGAGAGAGCCCAUCCACUAUCAAAGCAAGAGACUGACCCUUUGGAUCAAGAACUAGAUCGUCUCCUAAAUCUAGAUGCCCCCAUUGAUGCAGAAGACAGACCUGUGUCAGGUGCAUUACCCUACACCGUAGCAACUGAGAAAGAUUUGAAAAUGGAUAGUACGGAAAAUGACCCUUUAAAACCAGAUGUGCCUGAAGAGAAGAGUACAGCAUCACAGCAACAGCAAAGUACAUCUAGAAAUGUUACCGAAGAAGAGCUUGAAGACUGGCUGGACAGCAUGAUUUCCUGAUGCUCACGUUUUCUGAUGUGAAUAACUGAAUAUAGCAAACAUUGAGUAGAAAGCUGAUCUUCCUUUACCUCAUUUCCUUUAUCUGUUUUGCUUUGUUCAGUAUGCCCAAUGCCUGCUUUUCUUUGCUGGCACCUAAAAUUCUGUGCAACCAAAAUCUGUUUACAUGUGACUGAAAAUUGUCUAAGACUGGCAAUAUUAGAAAGGUCUAAAAUUUGUGAUUAAAUUAGGAUUUUCUUUGCUAAAGAUGCAGACUGCAGCACACUAAGAAAAGAGUUAUUUCAGCUUGUACUUGCUGUACGUAGUUCUUAAAAUAAAGAUAUGCAUGAACAAUGAACACGUGUGGUUGUAGCCACCAUCCUCACACCACAUCUCCAUAUUGCAGAAACACGAGAAAGAAGACGGCAAAGGUAAUGUUUGGUUUCUAAUACUUUAUUGCAGUGGGCACUUUUUAUUAGAAGAAAAAAAAUAUGCAUAAUCCUAGCAGCUUCUACUUGCAGAUGACCAUAGAGCGUUGUUUUAUUUUGGCCUAAGAUUUAACUUGUAUUCAUUUCGAUACAGUGGAUGUCUUUUAACAGCAGCAUCUAAUAAGCUGUUACUGAAGGUAGUGUAUAAACAAACUUCAGUGCCAUUUCAUACAGAAAGACAGAAAAGCAAUACAGUUAAUGGAUCUGUUCAUCUAGAACACUAACAUAAAUAAAAAGUUUGCAUAGCUAUGUCUACAGAGGUUUUAAGGCACUUCAUGUUUCAAGGUCAACGAAGUGUUUGAAAAUGUUUUAACUGCUUAAAGCUUUUUCAAGCUGUAUCUCAAUACAUUCACUAGCAAAAACGGGGUGGGAAAACUGGACAGCAGUUAGUUCAAAUAUUUUUUCUAAGGCAUGGCCUCUGAUGUUCAAGUUCUUAAAUGUCAAAUGUUGUGCAAUUAAGACACCUUUUAGCCCUUUCAACUAUACUGCCAAACUCUAGGUUAAUGAUGUGGUUAAAAAGUUACCAUUUCGGACCAUGUUUGAACUGGAAGGCUUAAGUGAAUCCGGCAUAGUUUUCUCUUUCGAAUUAAAAUUCCAAUGAAAGACCUGUUUCAUGUGUGGUAGGUACAAAAAGCCUGUGAAAUAGUGUCAAAUUUUAUGUAUGUCUUGAAGUUUAAAGACGUUUAAAGCAAAUACAAGCUGUGAAAUUACACCAUGAAAAGAAAAGACAUUUUUUUUUGUAUACUGGAUCUUAACAGUUUGUGAAUAAAUAAUUUCUUUUUGUGA